AGCGUGCACAUUUCCAAGGCAACUGGGGGCGGGAGCUAACGUCAGCGGCGCGUGGGCUCGGAGGCCGCCGUGACGUCACGCAAACUGAGCAAUAACAGCCGCGACGCGGGGCUGUGCGCCGGGGGUGGUACAGUCCCGCGCAUGCGCAGCCCUGCGGCCUGCUUCUAUUUAUGUUGGGGGCGCUCCAAGAUGGCGGCAGCCGCGGUGGGGAGAACGUAGGGGCGGCCGCGGCCGCGACCGGCGCGGAGGGUGGGGCAGCCGGCGGGGGGUGUUGCCGCGCGGCGGAGGCGGGCGCCGGCGGGCUCAGGAUGGCGGAGCCGCGCCGGGUGCCGUUCAUCAGCCUGUCACCCGUGAGGCGGCGUGAGGGCGAGAGCCCGGCGCUGAAGCGUGAGCCAGAGGUGUCGCCGCCGGAGCAGCCCCCGCCGCCGCCGCCACCACCACAGCCCGAGGCCGCCCGGCCUGACCCGCUGCCGCCGCCUCAGCGGGACCCGGCCCGGCCCGACCCGCCACCGCCUCAGCUGCAGCCGCAGCGCGAGCCCCCGCGGCCGGAGCCGCCGCCGCGCCAAGGCACCCGGCAGGAGCCUCCCCCGCCGCACGAGGCGCCCGCGCCGCGCCGCACGGUCCGUCUGGAGCUAGUGCUGAAAGACCCGACCGAGGAGAGCUGCGUAGAGUUCAGCUACCCCGAGCUCCUGCUGUGCGGGGACCCGCGGAGAAAAUCUGCCCACUCAGAAGAUCCGUUUAAUGAUGAACAGCGUGAACGGCAUGAGGUGGAAAUGCUGGCCAAGAAGUUUGAGGCAAAAUAUGGUGGGAAGUCUCACAAGCAUCGGAAGGAUCGCCUGCAGGAUCUGAUUGAUAUAGGCUAUGGCUAUGAUGAAACAGACCCUUUCAUUGAUAAUUCUGAAGCUUAUGAUGAAUUGGUUCCUGCAUCUCUGACAACCAAAUAUGGAGGGUUUUACAUCAACACUGGAACGCUGCAGUUCCGUCAGGCAUCUGAUUCAGAGGAUGAAGACUUUGUAGAAGACAAAAAGCACAGGUCACCUAAAGUAUCCAAGUUAAAAGAAGGAGAGGACCAUGGGAUGAAGAAGCGCAAGAGGAAAGAGGAAGGGACAGAGAAGGAGAAAAAGCCUCGAAAAAUGAAAGUUCCUAAGCAGUUGGGAGUAAUAGCCUUGAAUUCACACAAGUCUGAGAAGAAGAAGAAGAAGUUGUACAAGGACUCGCUUUCUCUUGCUGCCAUGCUCCGGAAGUUCCAAAAGGAGAAGGAAGCCUUGAGGCAGAAAGAAUCCAAUCCAAAAACUCCAGUGACUGUUGCAACCUCCAUCUCCACUCCUAAUAAACCUCCUUCCUCUUCUGCCAGCACUGGAAAUGAUGUUUCUGACUUGAACCUCAGGGUCCCUGAUCCUGUCCUCUCCAUUUUUGGUAGCACAAGUGAGCGUGAGCUCUUGCAGGAAGCCGAAAGUGCUCUGGAGAUGUUGGGAGAUAUUGACUUUGACAAGCUGCUUGAUGGCGCCUCUGAUGGCAGCCCAGUGUCUGAGCUGUCAGGAGAAAAUGGAAAUGCCACUCAGCCAACCCAAACCUCUCAGGUCAUGACACCCAAGCAGGUGCCUGCCCUCCCAGAAGGUCUGCCUGUACUACUUGAAAAACGUAUUGGAGACCUUCGAAUAGCUGCCAAGUUGUUUGAUGAAGAAGGCAGGAAGAAGUUUUUCACACAGGACAUGAACAAUAUUCUGCUGGAUAUUGAGCUACAGUUACAGGAGAUAAAUCCUGCCAUCCGCAAUGGAGUGUACUCCCACCUUGAGGCUUUUGUGCCAUGCAAUAAGGACACACUGAUAAAGCGUCUGAAGAAGUUGCACCUCAAUGUCCAGGAUGACCGUUUGAGGGAACCACUGCAAAAGCUGAAGCUGGCUGUCAGCAAUGUCAUGCCUGAACAGUUAUGCAAAUACCAGGAAGACUGCCAGGCCCGCAGUCAAGCCAAAAAUGCGAAGUACGUACUUCUGAAGUCAGGAUUGCUAGCAGAAGAUGAACGAGAGAAGAAUGGGUCGGAGGAAGAUGAUGAUGAGAAGCCAGGAAAGAGGAUUGUGGGGCCAAGGAAGAAAUUCCACUGGGAUGAUACUGUGAGAGCUUUGUUGUGUAACCUUGUCAAGAUCAAGCUGGGAUGUUAUGAACUAGAGCCAAAUAGAAGUCAGUCUCCAGAAGAUUACCUCAAGACCUUUAUGGAGACAGAAGUGAAACCGCUCUGGCCUAAAGGCUGGAUGCAGGCUAGGAUGCUCUUUAAAGAAAGCCGAAGUGUUCACAAUCAUCUCACUUCUGCUCCGGCAAAGAAGAAGGUGAUUCUGGCACCUAAACCCAAAGUGAAGGACUCAAGUCCAAAGAAAGAGCAGAAAACCUGUGCAUCUUUGGUGACUUCAACUUGUGCUACAACAUUGAAUUCCAGCACGUCUGUCAGUGCUCCAAACAGCUCUAUCUGUACACCAGCUCCAGAAACCAUUUGCCUGGAUGACUCACUGGAUGAAGACCUCUCUUUCCAUCCACCCUCACUGGAUUCUAUUUCUGAUGCUCUGGCAGUUAUCAACAAUGGAGCAAAGGGCUCUCCUCUUGGGUCCACUAUUGACACACCAACCUCAAGACCUCGCCCUGGGCUAAGGGAAGAAAAGCUAGCAAGCAUAAUGAGUAAGUUGCCUCUAGCAACCUCAAAGAAAGUAGAGUCAGCUCAGACUCCACAUUCAUCAAGUCUUAUUGCUGGUCACACAGGGCCAGUACCAAAGAAACCCCAAGAUUUGGUUCACACUGGCAUCUCUUCAGGCCUUAUUGCUGGAUCUUCAAUUCAAAACCCUAAGGUUUCCUUAGAACCUUUGCCAGCCAAACUACUUCAGCAAGGACUACAGAGGUCAAGCCAGAUCCAAGCUGCUUCCUCUUCUUCACAGACCCAUAUUUCUUCUUCCUCCUCCAAGGCUCAAGCAGCUACUUCCACCCCCACUCAGAGGCCCAAGGAUGCUGCUGUCCUAGUAUCUUCUUCAGAGGCCCAAGGUGGUUCUUCCUCAACGUUACAGGUGACAAAGGUGCACCAGCAUUCAGCUGUCCAACAGAAAUAUGUCUCUCCUUUACAAGCAACUAUUAGUAAAUCACAGACCAACCCAGUGGUGAAAUUGAGUAGCAAUCCCAAACUCUCCUGUUCAUCCCCAGUCAUGAAGACUCCAGAUAAGCCAGUAGUAUACCGGCUUCCUUUGUCUAACCCCUCAUCUGGAAGCGGCUCUCAAGUAUCCCACCCGCUGGUUUCUCGGACAACAUCCAGCACCUCUACCUCUACUAACUAUUUAGCCAAGGCUAUGGUGUCGCAGGUUUCUUCCCAGGGUUUCAAGCCUCCAUUCACAAUGGCUGCUUCUCCUAAACCUGCGGCCUCUCCCAAACCCACUUCAUCCAAACCCUCUGUGACACCCAAGCCCACUGCAUCACCUAAAUUCUCAUCUAAAUCCACCUCAUCCCCCAGGCCCACAACAACACCCAGUUCUUCCAGUUCAAGUGCACUAGUAUCCCAGAGUAGUCACUCCAGCAACAGUCCCCUUCAUAAACAGACCAGCGGAGUAAAUAUCAGCAGGCAGUCUCCCACAAUGAACUUGUUGCCCUCUAGUCGCACCUCAGGCCUCCAACCUACAAAAAACCCUCAGGCCUCUUCAAAAUUGCCCAACUCUUCUCCCUCUGGAACUGUUGGCAAAAAUAACUUGAGUGCAGUCGGAAUGAAUGUACCUGCCAGCAGAGGCAGUAAUCUUAACUCAAGUGGAGCUAGUAGGACUAGUCUGUCUGGGGGAGCAGGAAGUGGAACACAGGGUGCUACUAAACAGUUGUCAACUCCACACAGACCAUCUUCUGCCUCAGGGUCUCCAGUUGUAGCAGCCACCGUGCAGUCAACAGCAGGAGCAUCAUUAUUGGCAAAUGCCUCGCCUCUGACUCUCAUGACAUCACCACUGUCUGUAACCAAUCAGAAUGUGACGUCUGCACCAUUGACUCCUUUUGGGAUGCUGGGUGGCCUUGUUCCUGUGACCGUUCCCUUCCAGUUUCCCUUGGAGCUACUUGGCUUUGGGGCAGACACAGCUGGAGUGACAACCACCUCGGGAUCUACCUCAGCGGCUUUCCACCAUAGCCUAACUCAGAAUUUACUGAAGGGUUUACAGCCAGGUGCUCAGCAUGCAGCGACGCUGUCUCAUUCACCUCUGCCUGCUCACUUGCAGCAAACUUAUACAGAUGGAGGCCAAAGCAAAGGGGACACUAAAUUACAGCGGAAAACCCAGUGACUUCUGGAUGAACAAGGGAGCUGAAAUAGUUCUGAUUGGCUGAUGGAAUCUGCCCGGUUGGGAAAGUGCUUACAUGGUCACAGGGCUGCUGUAUUUGUCAAUGUUUACAUACUCUGAUCCCAAGCACUGUGGUGAGAAGAAGAAGAAAAAGAAAACAGUACUUGAUCAAAAAGAGAAGGAAAAGGAGGAUGGUCCUUCCUGGUCAUGCAGACUGGUCAUAGUUGGAUUUUUGCCGUAAAGAAACCAAUCUUUUUUUAUCCACUCUGAUUGGCUUUAAAAAAAUUGUAGUUGUCAAACCCACAGCGGCACAAAGUUUACUUUCUGGGUAAUGUCCAGUGAUGAGGAGGAAGCACAAGGGAAGCUGGAGUAGAUUUCUCCAUCCAGUUUGGGGGCUGGGAUCAUCCACUCAACAAGAGCAGGAUGCUAGUAAGAGUAUGUAUCAGUCCUGAGCAUACUAUAUGGUUGCAGACCAGAGGUGGUUUCUGCUUGGAUGGUCUGUGGAGUAAAUAAGAAACUUUCUUAUGGAUACAGACAAAGCUUCUGAUUUGAACGUUUGUCCAACAUAACCUCUUUGGAAGAGCAUAGCAAAUACAGGCUCUGAGUUUUGUGGGGCCUCUAACACAGUUUCAUUAAUCCCCAGACAGCUCCCUUUCAAAAUGAUGUUCAUGGUAGAGAGGCAAGAGAAGAAUUAAGGGGGAUCCUAGUAAUCCCUGGGAUAUUUUAGCAUAGAAUAAUUGAUAUUUAAAGUGUAUGUCGGGGUUGAAUAUAUCUUUUUACAGAAAAGGAAGAAAAAUGUUGUUGGUUUAGCUUGAGAGCUCUUCUCAGACCUUUUUUUUUUUUUUUGGAAGAUGGACACUCUGGUUUUCCACCCUUAUAAAGUUGCUUCACUUCUUCAGUUGGUUCCUUGAGCUUCUCUGCUAUUAAAGUGAAGAAACACCCUAUUCUCAUCCUUUAUAAACCCAAGGUCAAUUCCUCGUCUUCUGGAUUUACUUCCUCUUUCAUACAAGUAUUCCCCAAAGCCACACGCCACAGUAACCCUUCAGCUAAGGAGAGCUGGAUGUGACUUAUUUCAGAGACAAGUUAAUACUGCUUCAGGCAUUAGCCAAAGAGGAGUCGUUCAAAAGCGACCUCGGGUGCCUUCUCUUCCUGGGGCUAAAUGCAUUCUCUCUCCAGCAUUCCUAGCCCCUGCUGGCCUGGGGAGCUCAUGGCCUGAACUCUUUCCUGCUUGGUAACUCAGGAUUGCAAGGCUGGCUUUCCUUUUUGGAUAGCAAUAUCUUGGGUGGUUCAUUUGUACAUUUAGGAAAUAUUCAGCACAAAUUGCACUUUCAGCAGUAGGACAGAGGAGGUUCUUAGGUCAAAACUUUACUGUUGUGUCUUUUUUCUGUGAAAGGUAAGAUAAGCAUGGCAGGAAUUGGAAUAAAAAGGUUUUCAGGAUCACUGAAGCUAGAACAUCAGUCCCUGAUCUGAUGCCCUUUCUCUUUCAAACCUAAAAUGUCACUGUGACCAGAGAUACUGAAAUUUCUAAUCUGUUUUGCGUGUGCACGCGCGCGCUCUCUCUCUCUCUCUCUCUCUCUCUCUCUCUCUCUCUCUCAUAGCUAUGAUCUGAGAUUGAACCUGUAAUUACUUAAUUGCCUCUCACCUGCCCAGUACAAACUCUGGUCCCUGGAUAUUAAAUCUCUUAAUACUUUUUGCUAUACUAACUUUUAGUUUUCAAUUCCUUUUGACAUGCGUGAAUUAUUUUUCUUACAAAGACCAGACAACAUUUUUUCUACUUAGAUCUCACUUUAAUUUUAUAUAUAUAAAUAUAUAUAUAUAUAUAUAUAUAUAAACAAGAACUUAAAGUAAUAUAUUGUGUAUAUAGUAUAAAACGAAUGUUGGGUUGAGCCCAAUGAUAAAUGUUUUUGCACAAAACUUCUGUGAAAAAUAGCCUGAAUCCUCCUAGUCAGAUGAAAAUUCUCCAGAGUAUAGAAUACCAUAAAUUAUUCAGAAGGUACUAUCCAAGUUGUGCUUUUGUUUUAUCUUUUUCCCCAGAAGGGGAUGAAGAAAGAAGACAUUUUGAAGCCAGAAAUUUUUGACAAGGUAUUAACUCUGAGUUGUCAAACAUAUCACAUAUUUUUUAAUAAUGCAUGUAGCAGGGGAAUUGCAGUGGACAACUGUCAGACAGCAAUAUGUGGAAACAACUACCCUACCCCAAAAGAGCUCUAUCCUCUUCUGUAUUUCCUUCAUCAUGGUGUCUCAUUUAAAUUGCCAUCCUUCACUUUUGCAUUCUGACAUGAGAUUCUAGAUCUGAUAAAAGGUACACAAUUGAAAGUCCUAGAGUUUGAAGGCUUUUAUCCUAACAGCACAGAUGGUGACAGCACAAAUUUCCUUUGCCCCACCUCAAGUGUGCCUCAUCCUUAAUCUGGAGGGUUAUCUCUAGAAUUUAGUAGGUAAUUUAGUUUCCAUGGGCCAUUCAAUUUUAGUCCUGUUGGCAGUCCUGACAAGGAAGAACACAGGUUAGCAUGAGUUAUAGACUUGGGCAGUAUGAUGGGAAACAAUAUGGAGAUUACAUACUUUCUUCCUAUAGUCUGUUGAAAGUACACCCAGAGGAUAACUAUUUUCAUUCACUACCAGCCUGGAUUACUUUGGAACUGGUAAAGUAUUCUCCACUUGCUUAACCCAGCAAGGCCAGGUCAAAAAGUAACUAUUGAGUGAUUCCCAGGAUCUUUGCAGAAAGAGGGGGAGCUUGAGCAGGGUGGAAAGUGAAGGAUAUUUGUGACAUCCUGAUGCAAAAAUAGGUAACACCCUUCCUGCAACAUCUUGUUUAAGCUGGGUUUUUUUUCCCCCAAGAGUUUUACUACUUUUUAAGGGCCUUUGAUAAUAUAUAUAAUGUAAACUGUUGUAUGCAUUAAAUAACCCUCAGUAUUCACAAGCAAUAAGAAAGCCAGUAGAGCUGUCUUUCUGGGCAGCAGGGCUGAACUUUGGUUUGGGGGCUGAAUGUGAGCUGAUGUCAAGCUCACUCAGCCUCAAACAGAUGCAAGCAAUAAUUUCAAACACAGGUUUUAGAAGUUAACUCCCUUCGGGUAAUGCCUUCUGCUACAUGAUCCAAAGCCCCAAUAGACAUAAUAGCAAUUUUAAAUCCUCUGAGAGAUUUGUGAAGUAUAGAAAGGAGCCAGGCUAGAUGAAGCGCAGGCUGCAAGACUUCUGAUCAAUUUGGAUCAUUAUAGCAGUGUUCUCUCCCCCAGAAGGAUGUUGAUGGCCUAAACCAUUAUUUCAUCCAGCAUUCUCUUUUAGCUCAAGAAGAUUAAUGAAUAUUGUUGAGUAACCAAGUCACAGGUGUGGAUGCUGUGGGUUUAACAUCUGUUUUCAGCUAAUCAGAAGUGACUUCUAAUUAUCAGAGUUCUGCUUCCUGUCUGAAUCCAGUCAAAGCUGUCAGAUUUUGGGUGGGGCAGGCACCUGGGCCUUGUUCCCCUCGACCACUCCAGCCACCUGACCCUUCCUCCACCUUCUUCUCCACUUGGUCCAACAUGAGGACAUGAAAGCAGAGAAAUCCUGCAACUCUCCCAAGCUGCCAUCAAUUGUGUGAACCAUAACCCUCUGGGGGUCAUCUUUUAGGACUCCAACUAACUUUACCACAUUUGCUGCUACAUUCAUAAAAUGAACUUUUGGCUGUAUUUAUUAGCAUUUUAAUCUAGUUUACAGUUCUUUUUUGGAAUAGAUUUUGCCCAUGGGUGGAUUAGAAAUGGGGUGGUGCUUUCUGGGGUUUUUGGUGGGUUUUUUUUGUUUUGAGUGCAUUGUUAAAGGCACAGUGGUCCCUUUUUAUUAUUUUUGGUUGUGAACUUUUUUUUGGGAAUGGAAUUGCAGGAAAAAGCAAAACCUGCAGUCAAGCUAAGCUCUGGAAGGUUUCCACCCAGAUCUCCAGUUCCUGGCUUUGUACUUAAAUAGGGUCAGAACAGGGACACUUGCUGUUUCUGUUAAAUGAACCAGAAGGUAAAAGCAGUAGGUAAAUGACUGGCUAAUUAACACUUUAUGCAACUUUAAUUUUGUAGAAGCUUUUUAAGAAAGUUGGUAGAUUCUGAUUGGUCCUAGCUCUGGUGAAAUGGCUGUUACCCCUCCAGGAGUUACUUGAUUCAGGCCUUUGUCCUUUGUUUAAGUGCCUUUUCUUUAUUUUAUUACCCUCCCCCCCAACUCUCCCUCCUUUAAACUGUUCUCAGAGAUCCUAAAGUGCUGAGGAGGCAUUUGGGAGGAAAACAAAUCUUAAACUUGCCAAGAUGACUUUAUGCUGUUAAACUAUUUUCCCUUUUGUAUAAAGUGUGUAAUGUGUGUGUAAUGUUACAGCUGCUGUACUAUGGCAUUUAUUCUGUAUGCUCCCUGACACACACAACAGCAUUCUUAAGAAUCCUGUUUUUUCCACUCUGUUCUCUGCUGGCUUUACGACAUAUUUUACUUAUGGAAAGUGAAAAUUUGUGCCUGAAUGACUGUAGUGUGUGUGUGUGUGUGUGAGCGUGUGUGAGAGAGAGAGAAAAGAGGUGGUUAGAAGGAAAGGGACUUGAUAUGUUUCCCUCUGGAGAUGUAAAUUUUGAAUCUUGUGUGGGUCAUGAGUUAAGUUUAUUUGAUGGUUCCAAUCUGCCUACCUGUAAAUAUUAAACCACCUCACACACUCACUAUUUGGCACACUUUCCCACAAUUGAUGGCCCUUUUAAAUCGAAUAGACUUGGUUAAAAUAGGUUGCAAUAAUCCUGAAUUGAGCUGUAUUGCAGGAGAGAGACCUUUUACGGUGUUACUCACAUCUGCCCUGCUCUAGGCAUUGCUAGGAAUCUUGCUUGAAUUCACCAAUGUUGUUACUUCUUCCCAUACAAUAGUUAUAAAGAGGGGUUUCCCUUAUUAAAGUAAAACCUUGCUAUAACCCAUAAAUUGCCUACAUCGUGUGUCAAAAUGUUUUCUCUCCAACUUUCAGCAAAGAGCUGGAGUUAGAUCUCCAUUAAGAGCUUUUCUUUAUCAAAAGAAUGACGGUACACUAAGAGCAGCAUAAAAUAGUACCUUAACGGUGGUGAUCAAAUUUAAAUAUUUCUAUGCUUAUUUAGCUAUUAUGUAAUUGGCAAAACUUACAGAUAUGCAAGGGGGUGUGUAAGGAUUUACUGCAAGUUAGAAAAGUUCUACCAUACUCCAGAAAUAAUUAAACAAAUUUGUCUAGUUUCCAUAUUUAUAUAAACUUUUUUUCUAAGAAGUCUGAUUGAAAAGUUGUCUAACAUUGAAUACAAGCCCAAGAUGCCCAAUAUCAGCAUGAUUAAUAUAUAGUGAUUCUGUGAGGUGCUUUUACUGGGCAGUGCCUUCAUCUUGUUUUGGUUCCAGUGUAGAAAGACAUCUCUAGAAACCAGAUCAGGAAUUGAAUAGAGCUGGUCUCCCAAAUCCUAGAGCAAAGCAAUACAGCAGAUGGUCUCAUCAGAAGAAAUGCCAGUUUUCUUGUCAGAGGAAACUUAAGUUUAACUGAACUGAAAGUCUGUUUGGGUUUUUUGUAAGAUGUUUAAAUAAAAAUGUCUAUCUAAAUCAGUGAUCACUGCCAGCACAAAGCAGCCCUGUAGUUGGCUUACUCUGCCACUGAAAGAUCAGCCUGCUUUUGUGCCAUAAACCUUAAGUUUUUCCUUCUCCACACCUCUUUCUGCAAUUCCUCACUUCUGUAACAGUCAAUUAGAACCAAUGGUAGCUGAAGUAACAUAGAAAAGGUCCUGGAGUUGCUUCAAGUUGCACUGAAAAACCAGCCUGUCUUGCACCUGCCCCAGAGUUCAGGGGAAUACACAAACAUGCUCUACAGUAGUGUUAUACCCUCCAUACUAGUUCUGUGUUGGCCCUUGGCUGUAGCCAAGGAUCAAAAUCUGUAUUUUAGUGUCCAGCUAAUAAGUAUAAAGCUGUAGAGCAACUCAUUAGAAAAAGGGAUUUUUAAAGGUGUUCUAUGUUUCUAGAAUGGAAAUUCAAUCCCAUUUUCUCUCUCCACCACCACAAGCCUGUUGAGCAGUAAGCUAAUCGUAAGUUUCUAAUCUUAGUGAAAGAGUCCAAAACAAAUAAUGUAUACUAUCUUUCAAAUAACUUCUGACAGCAUUCAGUACUGAGGGCUUUUGACUCUGCAAUAUGUGCAGGCAUAUUCCAAAAGCAACCUUGGAUGGGUAUUCCUAACUGCCCUGUGCCCAAAAAAAGGUGCAAGAGGGGAAGGACUGUUAAGCUUGGUGGGACCUUCCAACUUGUUUUGUUUGGUUAAGUCCAACUCAGCAGCUGGUGAGGCACCAGCCGCUUCUUUGGGACUGAUUAGUUUCCACCAAUUGGGGGAAAAGGAAAUUUUUCUCAGCUUUUUCCAGAUAAGGCCUUAGUUCAAUUAGUAGUCAUUUAAUAUCAACUAUGCAGAUAAGUAUUCUUUACAUGUUCCAGUGUUAUGUACACUCCUCUCCCUGCUGUCCCAUUAACAAAUGUUAAAUGUCUACCCAAAGAAAUGUGGCAUAAUAUUUUUUGAGGUCUGUACUAAAAAGGUUAGGUUAUUUGUUUGUUUUUUUUUCCAACAUGAAGAAUGAACUUUUGUAUUUUAAAAGGAGGGGAAAAAAGAAACCCUUUCACUGGUGCAAAGCCUAAUGUCAAGAUUAUCAUGAAAAGUGCUUUAGGGGGGCGAAUAAAAUCUCCUAUUCAUUGACAGCAGGUUUGAUCCUGAGAGCUUUUUAGAUAGGUGCACAAUAUUCAGCUCUGCAGAACUGGACCAAGAAGCUACAGCAGUGCACAUCUAACAUACCAAUUACAUUGGGGGUUGGGGGAAUAAAUGUCCUUGCAACUGAAACGGGUUCUAGAAAGUCCAAUGUCCAAUUUGAUGACUGCUUUUAACCAAGCAAUCUUAGCUAAUGGGUGGCUGGAUCUCCAUAAGUGGCAUCUUCCCUGAAUAAAAGCUGAACAGUGAUCCGUUUCUUUCUCAUCAGCUCCUGUGUUGUACUUGUUACAGCCGAACAGUUUGGCUCAGAGACAACUGCUACAGCAAGCAUGUUUUAAAGUUAGUAUUUUCAGUUUGCUGUAGCAACCAGUGCAGUUAUGUUGCAUAUGUUCUCAAGAUUUUAUGCUGGGUUUAGAUGGGAGCUGUUUUUAAAAUACUUUGGGCUCUUAGUUUAAAAUAGCAAGCUACAUUACUCCUGUCCCCUUUCAAAAAAUCUCCUGAGAAAUGUUGUAUUUUAGCAGUUGAAUUAGUCCUGUUCUGUGAUCCUUCUACCAGAGUCUCUUUUUUCCUCUGAGGGUGAUGUUUAGAAUGCAUUUCAUGGAUUCACCCUCUGAAUGUUGGCAUUUUCUAGGCCACUAGUCAAGCAGAUUCCCACUUUAAGAGGGCAUCUGUGUAAUUUUAUAACUUGCAUAGAAAGAUAAAAAGCACUGUACUAAAACUCUUCAUUGUAAACAGACAUUUGAGCCCCUAUACCACUGCCUAGUGAAGGGAUUUGCUCCAACAGCAGAGCUUCCAAUCUUAAAAGCUGGUUUUACAUCUAUUUGCAAUGAGUCCUCCCAUUGAAAGGGUUUAAGCAGAAGUAUCCUUUGUAUUUGUUGUCGCAAUAAAAUGCACGUUUUCCAACUUUGGAUAGUUAACCAGCUUAAUUGUAGCUAGCUUGCUGGUCCUCUUGAAAAUGGAGAAAGCAAUAUAAAGUAAGGGACUUAAGGGGCCUUUUCAUGGUUGCUUCUUGCCUGUUGGUUUUAAGUUUUAAAUGAAAAAUUGGCAAAGUGCUUAUUUUGUCUCAAACUUAAAAAUUCCUAAACCAAACCCCUACCAAUAUUCAGAUCCUGCAUAGUUCUCCUUACUGUCAAGAAAGGGAAUGUCCAAUUCCUAUGAGGUGGCAAAUGUGCUAAAAUUAGUUACUUUUUUUUCUAAUUUUUUAUUUUCAUUUUGCCCAGCAUGAAUUCAUAGGAGGUCUCCUUGUUCCUUUGUUACCUGCAUAUUUAAGAACAUGGGGAAGAACCCUUGACUUAGUGACCCGGAGAAAAUCCAAACAGCCAUGUGCUCACUUGAUCUCUCCAGACUACUCCACUGUAAAAUGUUCCCCAUUCCCAGCAUAUACAGCUGCUUUCAAGGGGAGGGACCUGGAUAACCAAAUACAGCUACUUUUGGUAACUAGCACAAAUUAUUUUGGCUUGGGUUUUUAGGGAGCUGUAUUCCACUAACUUGAAGGGAUACUGUAUUUUAAACAAGUGUGACUUUUAUUGAUUGGUUUUUCUCUCCUUAUAAAACUGGACCUGAAUUACAAGUUUUGAGUUGAUUUUUUUCUUCUUUAUUUUGUAAUAAUCUCAGGACCUGAAAGAUUGUAGCAUUUAGUGUGUCUUAAAAAUAAUGUACUGUACCAGCCAUGGAUUUUGUAAAUACACCCGUCUCCCUCUUUUUGUAUUUUAGUUUUUUGGGGGUUUUUUUGGUUGGGGGUUUUUUUUUGUUGUUUUUUUUUUUUUUAAGCAUACGGCUCUUUGCCAGAGGAACUGGUACCUGGCUAACUUUCAUCGUGAACUAAAGUAAGAAAAUGAGGGAGCUGCUGCCACAAAAGCUUGCACCAUAUAUUGAACAUAUGCACCAUAUACUGUUGUGACACAUUUUUUAAUAGAGGCUAGCCAUUUUACUGGAAAGUCUGUGUCCCAUGUCCCUGUUGCCCCCUCCCCCCCUGCAUUCCCAGCGGUGGCUAACAAAGUUCUAUCCACCAGGGAGACUCUUGAUGUAAAGCUGGAGAGCUUUAAAGCUUGAUGUCUUCACCUCUUUCCAAAUAUUCAGGUUGACUGUCCUGCACUUUGCACACCAGGUCUGGUUCUGGACAAGUCCAUGUAUCUGAUGUUCUGCAAGAAUAGCUAAAAAGUUUAAAUACUCUUUAUCAGAAUUUCAUCAAUCGAGAAAAGAUAGAGCAGAGAUGUGCAGAAGUUCAUUCUCAUAGAUCUUUAUGUGGAUUUACUGUACUGACCUUGCAAGAUUUCAAGAAAGGUAGGGGGGUGUGUGUGUGUGUGUGUGUGUGUGUGUGUGUGUGUGUGUGUGUGUGUGUGUGUGUGUGUGUGUGUGUGUGUUUUUCAUUUUUCUUCCCUCCUUCCCCCCCAUAAUUUAAUAAAUGGGGUGCAAAGAUUUUCUGGCAACAGACUUGCUCUGAGAUUCCAAGUGUAACUAGCAGACCUGUGUUCUACAGUAGGAGCCUUAUUCAGUUCAGCGUAGACAUUUCCUGUCCUUAAUUGUGACGGGAAUCUUUCAUGAGUGUACUUUUUCUUUUUGUAUGUGUUCUGUGUCUGUGCUGUAUUAAAUAAAGAGGAAUGUACAUAUUA